CGUCCCGGUAGGCACGUGACUUCCGCCCGCGACCGGAAGCGCAGGGUCCUGCGAACAUGGCGGCGUCGAAGGUGGGGCAGGACAUGCCCCCGCCGGGGGGCUAUGGCCCCAUCGACUACAAGCGGAACCUGCCGCGUCGGGGACUGUCGGGCUACAGCAUGUUCGCCCUGGGCAUCGGGACGCUGGUCUUCGGGUACUGGCGCAUGGCCAAGUGGAACCGGGAGCGCAGGCGCCUGCAGAUCGAGGACUUUGAGGCCCGCAUCGCCCUGAUGCCCCUGUUGCAGGCCGAGAAGGAUCGCAGGAUCCUGCAGAUGCUGCGGGAGAACCUGGAGGAGGAAGCCAUCAUCAUGAAGGAUGUCCCCGACUGGAAGGUGGGCGAGUCGGUGUUCCACACGUCGCGCUGGGUGACGCCAACGCUGGGCGAGCUGUACGGGCUGCGCACCAAGGAGGAGAUGCUCAACGCCAACUACGGCUUCACGUGGUACUCGUAGGGGCCGCCACAAUAAAGCUGGAGACCCCC